AUGGGUGGCAAAGGUGGUUUUGGUAACAUGCUCCGUGCCCAGGGCGGUCGCAUGAGUGCCCGUGGUAAACACGAGAGCCAGGACUCGUAUCGGGACCUUGAGGGGCGCCGCCUUGGAUCUAUUAACGAAGCCAAGCUUUUGGCCGAAUACAUUGCCAAAGCGCCUGAACGUCAGGCUGCCUUGGAUGAAGCGCAGAAGCGCAAAUACGCCAAGCUGGAGAAAAUGCUCGGUCGAACGCCCAAGUCUAUGGCCGACUUUCAAGAGGCUGCAGAAAAACUAGACGAUGCAGGCGAUUCACUGGAUGCCAGUCCAGAGCUGCCUGGCGAGCGUCCUGAGUCUAGCCGCGCAGCUUCCAAGCGGAAAGAGCGCCUGGAGGAUCAUGAGUACGUGGAACAAAGUCGUGAGAUCGUGAGCAACGUGCGAAGUGCCGUGGUAUCCGCCAUGAAGAAGCGCAAGGGAAAGAAACGUGCCAUUGCACCCUCUGUGACAGAUCAGCCCGAGCCCGUUUCAUGA